UGUAGUCCUUUUCCUUUUCGUGCAUAGUGCAUAGUUGAUUGCAAGUACCUCCUUACAAACCACAGAAAAAUACCUUUAUAGAUACCAAUUAAAAACACACCAGCCUAACACACCCACAACAAUUCUAAACCUUCCUUGCUCUCAAAUGCUCUAAUUAAUGGCUUCAUUUCUAACAUAAGCUCAAUUCUCUCUCUCUCUCUCUCUCUCUCUCUCUCUCUCUCUCUCACACACACACACACACACGCACACACACAGAAAAAACAAAAAUUGAACAAAGUAUAGCAGUGUAAACCAUCUAUCUCUUCUUACUUUCCUCACAGCAAACACAACUUUCCCGGAAAAUGAGCCAGUGUGUUCCAAGCUGGGACAUGGAUGAAAAUCACACCCCUCCCACUCUCACCCUUCGUGCUCACUCCAACCGCAAUUCCUCAUGCCCUGACGUUCCUUUGUUAGACUACGAAGUGACGGAGCUAACAUGGAAAAAUGGACAACUCGCCAUGCACGGCUUAGGACCACCGCGAGUGCCAAACAAACUACCAGUCGCCGCCGCGAAGUACACAUGGGAGAAGCCACGCGCCGGCGGAACCCUAGAAUCCAUAGUCGACCAAGCCACCACCACCUGCUUCCCCCACCCCAAAACUACCGCUGCCGCCUCCGAUCUCGUCCCGUGGUUCGAUCACCGCGCUGCCUCCGCCGCCGCCGUGACUAUGGAUGCUCUGGUGCCCUGCUCCACCGCCGGAGCAGCGCAGGAAGGGAUUAGCACGUGCGUGAUCGGACGCUCCACACGUGUGGGGUCGUAUAGUGAAGUCGAGGAGGAGGAGAAGAAGAAGCGUGCGAGGGUGGCACAUGUGCAGGAGUGGAGCAGCCGAGACAACAGUGACAGGCGGCAGUUGGCGAUUGACACGUGUGAGAGGGAAUUGGGUGCGCGCGGGCUCACCUCUACUUCUCUGGAAAACACUAGCUCCGGCAAGCACUGGACCAAGGCCACCGCAGGUGACGACCACGACUCCGUUUCUCACAGCAGAUCCCAGAUAGCGGCAGGGGAGGAGGAAAACAAGAAGAAACCAACCGGGAAAUCUUCUAUCUCAACUAAAAGAUGUAGGGCUGCUGCCGUCCAUAAUCAAUCUGAACGUAAAAGAAGAGAUAAGAUCAACCAAAGGAUGAAGACAUUGCAGAAGAUGGUCCCAAAUUCCAGCAAGACAGAUAAAGCUUCAAUGCUUGAUGAAGUGAUUGAAUACUUGAAGGUACUGCAAGCUCAAGUUCAAAUGAUGAGUAGAAUGAGCAUGCCAAUGCCAUCUAUGAUGUUUCCAAUGGCCUUGCAACAACAACUCCAAUUGUCUAUGAUGGCUCCAAUGGGUAUGGGCAUGGACAUGAACACUAUCGGCCGCCCUAACGCUGCUGGAAUCCCACCUAUUCUUCACCCUACCGCUGCCUUCAUGCCUCUAACUUCAUGGGAUGGCAUCGGUGAUCGAUUGGUUCCUCAUCCUACAGUGAUGCCAGACCCCAUGGCCACAUUCCUUUCAUGCCAAUCACAGCCCAUGAACAUGGAAGCUUAUAACAGGAUGGCAGCCUUGUAUCAGCAACUACAUCAACCUCCACCACCUCCUCCUCCUCCUCCUAAGAACAACUAAGGAUUAUGCUUCAAUUCUUAUACAAAUGCAAUCAACAAUCCAUGGAGAUGGAGGAAUACGAAUUGAAUUGGUUUGGAAAUCGUCAAGAAGGCUUUCCAAGUAUAGUGUGAGGAGAGACUGUUAGAUGCUAAUUUUGAUUUUCUUUUGGAAUUAACUUACUGGGCUCCAUAUAUCAUGUGAACCAGGUUCCUGUGUUGAAUUUCUCUCUCUCUCUCUCUCUCUCCAUAUAGUGCAACUUGUCAUGGUUUUGUAUGGUAGGGACUUGGAGAUAGAAUCUAUCUUGCUUUGACUUGUCUUGUCUUUUCCUAUGUUCUGGCAAGCAGAAUCUGAGAGGAUCACUGAUGCACAAAGGAAAAUGAUAUAUCAUCCAAAAUUUUUAUACAGAAGUAACUUUUACAAUGACUUGCCAAUGA